AUGGACUGUGGCUCUGAUGUCCCUAACAGUGUGGCGGAGAAGAAGAAGAAGGUUCAGACUCUGACAUUCAAUCAGCUCACAGCUCCAUACCACGAGCCAUUCUGUCUCGACAUUCAGAUAUCAAACGCAUCGGCUCGUGCAUCCGUCAUUCACCGAGGUACAAGUAAAGUAGUGGCUGUGGCACAUUCGAUAUCCAAGGACAUCAAAUUCGACAUGGGUUCUACAAGAAAUGAAGCCACUUGUCGUGCUGUUGGGCAGAUUCUGGCGCAGAGGGCACUGGAAGACGAUAUCCACAACGUGGUUUACACUCCAAGAAGCGGGGAGAGACUGGAAGGGAAGCUUCAAAUUGUGCUUCAGUCCAUUAUUGACAGUGGUCUUUCUGUGAAAGUAAAGCUCAAGCAGAGGAAACACAAGAAGAAGCUUAGCCUCCCACAAUAUUCCUCCUAG